AUGGCAACAUCUUUCUUCUCCACCUUCAAGUAUUCCGAUAGCCUAACCAUCGCCGGAAUCUCUUUCUUCACCGCCAUUGUCUGCGAAGCGAUUUCAUGGCUCUUGAUCUACCGCCGCACCUCUUACAAAUCUCUCAAAUCCACCAUCGAUAAAGCCUCUAAAAAACUCGAAACCAUGAAAACCGAUUCCACCGCUCUCAGGAAAUCCAAAACGAAAAAGAUCGAUCGAGUCGAAACCUCACUCAAAGAGUCCAGCCGAGAUUUAUCUCUCUUCAAAUUCAAAUCCGGCGCCGUCGUUGCACUGAUUCUCUUUGCUGUCUUUGGAUUCCUGAAUAGCUUGUACGAAGGGAAAGCGGUUGCAAAGCUGCCAUUUAUACCGUUAAGGAUUGUUCAGAAGAUGAGCCAUAGAGGUUUACAGGGCGACGAUCCGACGGAUUGUUCAAUGGCGUUUUUGUAUUUCUUGUGUUCGAUUAGUAUCAGAACGAAUUUGCAGAAAUUUCUAGGGUUUUCGCCACCUCGCGGAGCCGCCGGCGCCGGUCCGUUUCCGGUUCCCGAUGCAUCCAAAACCAAUUGA